AUGUCCCCUUCCUUGUCUCCAUAUGAGUUGAUUGAGACUAUUGUUGAGAGUGUUUCUGAAAGAGUAGACCAUGGACAAUUAUUUGUUGCUGAGCAUCCAGUGGGAAUAGAAUCACGGAUUCAAGAAUUGACAAUUGAAUGGUCAGAAAAGAGAUCUCAAAAACCUCUUAUCAUAGGCCUAUGGGGGAUGGGAGGUAUCGGCAAAACAACUGUUGCUAAAGGCAUCUACAAUACAAUUGGCCCACAGUUUGGAAGAGCACGAAGUUUUCUUGCAAAUAUAAGAGAAAAUUCAAAAAGUGCUAAUGGCUUAGUUGUUUUGCAGAAGCAAUUAAUUUCUGAUAUCAUUAAGACAGAUUUUUCCAAGAUACCUAAUAUUGAUAGAGGGAAAAGAAUAAUUCAGGAAAGAUUUCCUACCAUAAAAGCAUUUGUUGUAUUGGAUGAUGUGGAUAGUAUCAAUCAACUGAACACAUUUUGUGGGAGUAUUGAAUGGUUUUGUCCUGGGAGUAUAAUAUUCAUAACAACUAGAGAUCUACAUUUGCUUGACGUUAUUAAUGCUGACCAUAAGUAUAGAAUGAGAAAAAUGAAGGGAACAGAGCCUCUUCUACUUUUCAGUUGGCAUGCCUUUAAGCAACCACAACCCUCUGAAAACUUUGUAAAAUUAUCUGAAAAGGUAGUUUCUUAUUGUGAUGGACUUCCACUAGCUCUUGAAGUCCUUGGUUCUUAUUUGCAUGGGAGAAAAGAAAAACAAUGGGAGAGUGCAUUGUCCAAACUACAGAGGAUUCCUAAGAAAGAUAUACACAAAAAGUUAAAAAUAAGUUAUGAUGCAUUGGACAACCAUACAGAAAAGGAUGUUUUCCUUGACAUAUGUUGCUUUUUUAUCAACAAGGACAGCAACUAUGUUACACAGAUAUUAGAUGGUUGUGAACUUCAUGCAGAAAAUGGAUUACAAAUCCUCAUAGAGCGGAGCCUGGUGAAAGUAGGUAGAAAUAAUAAGCUUGAAAUGCAUGAUUUAUUACAAAAAAUGGGAAAAGAAAUUAUCCGUGAAGACUCACCUAAAGAUCCUGAGAAACGUAGCCGACUAUGGUCUCAAGAAGAUGUGCUUGAUGUGUUAACAGAUCAUACAGGAACCAAAGCUAUUGAGGGUAUAUCUCUAAAGGUACCAAAAACCCAUAGAGAUCCCAUCGAUUCUAAGGCAUUUAAGAAGAUGAAGAAACUCAGAUUACUCCAACUAGACUAUGUGAAUCUUAAAGGAGAUUAUAAACAUCUUUCCAAAAAGCUGAGAAGUUGCCAAUGUUGAAGACACUCAAUCUCAGUCAUUCACCUUCCUUGAUACAAACUCCUGAUUUUACAUAUCUACCAAAUCUUGAAAAGCUUAUGAUGAAAGAUUGUGAGAGCUUGAUUUUAAUUCACGAGAGCAUUGGGGAUCUAAAAACUCUCCUUCAUCUUAAUCUAAAAGGUUGCAAGAGUCUCAAAGAUCUUCCU